AUGACAAAGGUCACCCUCCACUUCCUCCCUGUGAGAACCUCGACUCUCAAAUGGACAAAGCGAGAUGCUGAACUCACCGAUGCUGAAGCCAAAUCCCACGCCCGGCGUUCUUCUCACGUGCUGGCUAAGCAUCCCAAGCCCAAAGUGCGUGGUCAUGAAGGGGUCGGGUCGCAGUCCAUCUUGCGACUAAAGCAAAAGACGAAGAGAGCCGAAAGAACGAGUGCCAAUGACACCCGGCGUCAGAUCUCGAAGAGAAUGCAAGCAAAUAUGCCCCUUAGCAUUGGAGACCCGGCUGGAUGCGAUCCUUUCGUCCGCUUUCCGUGCGUGACUGGGUCGGUUGAGCACAAGUUGUUCCAUUUCCUCAUGUCGUACGUGCCUGGCAGAUUCUAUGCCACGAAACCUUGGGCAGCAUACGACGUGCUGCGAGACUCGGUCAUGCCCGAGAUCCUGACCGGGAGUGCAUACAUGUCUCUUGCUCUGUACAUUGCCGCGUCCAUUGUGAACACGCUCAAGCCGCAACCGCAGUUCUCGGAAGAGUGGAUGCUCACCCGUCAGUCGACAAACUAUCGACUAUUAAGACAGCUGCUGAAAAAUCAGAAGGGUCACCCGUGGGACUGGGCCAUCACAUGCAUUGUCGUGGCGGGUUACGCUGAAUCCAUGGCCGGAUUGGCAGACCGGGGCCGAAAACACACCAAAGCCGGCCUUGUUAUGCUGCAGGACUUUCGGAACCUUCAACGCAUGAGACUUUCUUCAGGAUCCAUCGCUUUCAAGGUCUUUCUGCAAACCGGCGUGCCGAUGAUGUUCGCGACAAGUGCUGCGCUCGAGACGGCGAUGAACAGUUAUCAUUCCCCUGAAUCGCCAGCAAACAACGAGGCCACGGAGCCAGCAGUGAGCUCGAAUGGACAGUGUCGCUAUUGGACUGCACGGCAACGUGCACUUGGGCCGACAACAGCCAUGGGCCGCUUACUGGCACCCAAGCCGAUCCAAAUGCCCAUGUCGGACGAGAGGCUGGUGAUGGCAACCAUCUACGCUCUCAACGGCAUCCUCUGUAAUCUGCAAGGCGACGACGCUGCAGCAGAAGCCUUUUUAGCCAAUGUUGCCGAGAUGACCGCGAACAGUCUUGACGAGGGCGUCGACCUGAGUGUGCCACCACGAUUUGCCCUGCAGAACUGUGUCCACAUUGUUAUCGCCUGCGCCGAGAAGCAGGGCCUGUGGUUCUACCACGGUCCAGGACACGCGCUCCCGGCCAUGCGCACCUGGGAGGCGCUCGAGUUUGUGGAGAUCACGAUGCUGACGUCGCCCGCGAAGCAGCAGAAGAUCAUGGCUGCGUUGCGAGGUUGGCUUUGCUGGCAACCUCAAGAGCUGACGACGGGAGGAGGAGAUACAUCCCUCUUUAGCGACGACAAGGAGCUGCAAGAGUUCAAGGAUGAAAUCAUCGCCAACUGGAAGGCCAGAAGAGGUUCAGGGACUUCGAGUCGAGAAACAGCCACGCAUGCAAAGCACCCUUGA